AUGGGAUCUCAACUCAACAAGGACAUCCGUGACGCGCUUCUCAACAUCGAGCGCGCCAAUGAUCUGGACUGGGACAAUGUCGACUAUGUGACGCGCCAGGUUCUCGCCGACAUUGGCACUCAGAGAGCCCAUGAAGAGAAUCGAAGAGUUAUGAGCUAUGAGGCCGAGCCUCAGGCCACCCAGAAGGCUGAGGAGGUCGAGGGCGAGGACGACGAGGACGAUGAGGGCGGUGUUGCUCUCUCUCAGCAGGGCACUCCCAUGAAGGCCCCGAAGAACGACAACGGCAACUAUUUCAACGCCACUCCUACGAAGCGAGGCGCCGCGGUCAAUACCCACACGCCCACCACACGCAGCACUCCCACCAAGAGACCUGCCCUGACUCCCGCGGACAAGCCUUACGUCUGCAGAUACUGCGGUGCCCCUUACGCGUAUGCUCGGAGCCGGUAUCGCCAUCACGCGGAUUUCCACCCAGACCUGCCGCCCCCUUCCUCUUCGGAAUCCCUCGACAACCAAUACCCCGAGGACGAGGGCGAGGAGUAG